CCGUUCAACAGAUGCUUUAAGAGGCUGUCUCGACGUAAGCAAGUGUCCGGCGGUCUGCCGCCAUCAAGUCAAUCAUGCCGCCGUUCAUGAUUCAUUCAUCAGUGUGGAGCCACACAAGAAUAAGUCAAAGCCACGGGAGGCAGGCAGUCAGGGAAAGGAAGGAGACCUACAAGGCCGUGAUCUCGUGAUCCGCACUACUUAGUUAGCCAAACUACGCACACAUCCAUCCAUCCAUCAGGACGCUACUUACUGCUGCGCUGCAUGCCCUCACAAGUGUGUCAUCGGCAGCAGCGCGUAUCGACCGACCUCAAUCACUACCACUACUGUCUGUCUGUCUGUCGACCGCCCCCUGCCCCCAUCUACAGCGCACACGACUCUUCUUGGCGUCACCUCACCGACCGCCACUAGCCAUCGAGUCAGUCCACUCACUGCCUCCCUCGCGCCCCAGGUGGUGAGUGAGGGAUGACUCAUCCGUCGUGGGAGGGCUUGCUUGCACUACUUAGACGAAUCCCCGGAUUUGCAGGCUCUGGUUCCUCACCGAAAGGAGAGGGGGGAGAUGUCCAUCUCUGGUGUGACACCCCACUCAGUCGCCCUGCCCGCCCCCUGGCCGUGACUGGAGUAGCUGUGGCCGUGGACGUCCAUGUGACUCGUAUGCACUCCCCCCACACCAUUCAGCAGCGGCGGUGGGCCCGGUGGCGGAGGCGGCUGGUUGGCGUACAUGGGCACUGCCGCGUUGGCUGGAGGGGGCGGGGGCGGUGGCGGGGGUGGCGGUGGCGGUGGUGGUGGCGGGGGCGGCUGGUCGCACUCAUGCUGGACGGGUGGUUCAUUCCGAAACACAGCGGAGGCUUGGAUGUGGUUGCGGUUCCUGUGACCAGCCGCGUUGGGCAGGAGCGACGGGGAGGCCGGCUGGGAGUGAGACAUUCGCGAGGCGGGGACGCUGCUGUCGUUGGAUGGGGGUGGGGGCUUGUGAAGGGCGAGAGGGGAGGGAGAGGGGAAAAUUGACGGCCGCCACGAUCCAUACUCGUCAUAGAUAGUGGGCCGCGGGGGCCCUGCUGCCAUGGAGAGCGCCGGCCUCGCUCCGCCAUGGUGCAUGCCCUUGCGUGACGCUGUUGCCCCACUACUUGGUCCGCCGAAAGCCACGACGCUGGAGUCUCUCUCGCCGAACAUCCAGCCGCUGUUGGACUGCUGGUCGAAACUCCCCCAGCCGAUGGGUGAAGGCGAGGCCUCCUCCAUUGAGGCAUAGAAGGGCUGCUGAAGACCACUACUGGGCGCGGGCACAUGCUGAUGGGGCACUACUGCCGCCAUGGACAGCGGCGUCUCCUCGGCUGACCCCCUUCGCUGCCUCCGGCCGGCCGCCACUCGGCUGUCGGGUGGCAGGGGGGGUCUUCUCAUUGACGGGCUGUCGUCCUGCCCCAUCUGCUGCUGCAUGGACGAGUAGGCACCCAAAUUGACGCCCCGCAUGACGUCGCCGUCCGAGUGGGUGUGGCUGACAGCUCUUCGCGUGUCGAAUUGGGGAGGGUGCAGCUGGUCGGGUGAAGUGGCUGCGUCGGGUGAGAGGGAGGAGGGGGAGGGGUACAGAGAGGCCGUGUAGGACGACGGCGGCAGCCGGUGGUGAAUGCCGUUGGGAUACGCCUGAAAACAAGACGAAACGAGACGACACACACAUGAAUGGAUGAGUCGUACACUUUCUUUCUCAGGGCUACCCACCUGUGCAGCUGGCGGUGAGCGCUCAGCUUCAUACAGCGACAGAUGCGGCGGCGAUAUCUGCUGCCCGCCACUAGCACCACCAGCACCACUAAUGCCCCAGCCAUCCCGCCCGGCGCCCUCAGGCGAGCACACUGGCAGCAUCAGGGGGCUCACGCCGAUGCUGCUGCUCGUCGGCCGCGAGGCACUCACUGGGCUAUUGGCUAUCCGAUUGGUCGCAGCGUACGAGUGAGCUGCACUCGCAGCACUGGCUGAUGCUCCCACUCUCCGCCCAUCCCUGGUCAUGACGCCGGGAGGCGCGUGGCGAAACGAAGUCCGACAUGGGGUGCCGAAGAGCUGCACCGAGAGGGGUGUGGGGGAGGGCUGCUUGCGAUCGAGGUGCCGCUGGUACUGGGGCGGUGGUGAGACGCCACAUGGGAGAGGGCGGCCCGACUGCAUCUCGUGUCUGCCGUGGAUGAAGCCGGUGAAGUAGUGGCUGGGGUAGCUGUCGACAGGGGGCCGCCAGCACUCCUCAGACACCUCCUCCGGCUGGGGAAAACCCUGUGUGGGGUGGGGCACACGAGCGGGAGGGUGGACAGACGACGGGCCAACAGACGACGGGAACGGGCCCGCCUUGGCCGUCGGGACCGCACCCACGAUGCCCUUGUCGCUAUCAGGCAUCCUAUGCGGCCCGCCCCCAUGCCAGCCGGCCGGGCUCCUCCUGUCCCGCCGCCUGUUCCUCUCUCUCGGCGUCGAAUGGUACGAGUGGGGCCUCCCCCCGCCCCGCCCACCGUGCGGCGAGUUCCGGUGUGGCGUGACCGACAUGGUGCUGGCGGGGGCCACAUCGGUGCGGUUGAUGGGGAGGGGAUACAGGGUGCUCUGGACGGAUGUGGUGGCCGGCGACCUCGUGGCGAUGGGCGACGACACUGGCGCACUGCCACCCCCAUUGCUGCGGGGCGUCGAGGUCCGGUUGGACAUGCCCUGUCGCGGCACCAAGGGGCCCUCCGUCCUCACGCGAUGGGAGGUCUUGGACAGGGCGUGCUCUGGCGGGAUGGCGAUGGGCCAAGGCAGGUCGGAGGGGAGGCCCCAUGGGGGCGCGGCUGGGGUGUUGGUGCUGGUCCUGUAGAUCUUGCACAGUCGGUAUCUGGCCGUGAGAUCCUGUGGGGGGGUGAAGUGUGGGUCGAACGGCUGGUUGGUGAUGAAGGGGUGGUGCUGCGCCUGAUAGGCCGUCCACCGGUGCCAUGGAUCCGGAUGCAACACACCCUGAUUAUUAUUGACAUAUACAGACAGGUGACAACGACACACGUGAGCCAGCCAGCGCACAGAUAAGGCUGUAUGGUAUCUCUCUGGACUGACUGACUGACUGACCCGAAAGAACUGCUCGAAGUUCUUCAUGAGCGUCUCGUCAUCUACAGCCCGGUCCACCUCGCCCUCGACGUACGGCGGCCACAUGGCACUCGCCCUGCCGCUCCGCCGCAUUUGUUCGGGCACCGUGCCGCUGCUGGCCUUCUUGGCCAUCUCCUCUAUCAGCUCGUCCCACGUCGUAAACGGGAAGUACUUCCGACUCUGCUCAGUCGACGGCUUCAAUCGCCACUUCCGCCUCUUAUGGGGCGCUGCGGUGCCAUGAUAGGCGUCUUCCGGGGGUAGCGGGGUCGCCUCGGGCCCCACAGGCUCAGACACGCCUCUCCUGCUAUCUGACGCUUGGCUCUCCCUCGGUGCCUCGAGGAAGCAGCUCUCGUCCCCUCUCUCUCGGUCGUCAGCCGGGCUGUCGCACGACGAUGACAGGGGGAGCGGGCUCAGCCGCGGAGGCACGCUGCUGGGCCGUCUGGGCGACAUGGCCGUGUGCUCACCAUCGCCCCCCUCCAGCAGCUGCAGCUGUCUGUACGGCGAGGGCGUCUUGGGACGCUGAAUGGCACUGGCGCAGGGAGGGGAGGGGCCAGGGGGGGCGUCAGAGGGCGGCAGGGUGACGAUUGACGGACAGUCGCUGUCCGUGUAGGCUGGUGGUGGGCCCCAUGAGCUACGCGGGCCUGCCCAUGCCUGCGGGGCGCCCUCGCCCGCCGAUGAGCCGUUGUCAUGCCUGGAUGUCUUGUGCGGGCCGGCAGAUGGGGGCGUGACGCUGGUGGAUGUCGCCGUGACGGUGGCUGUGAUACUGGCCUGCGGCGCAGUAUCUGUGCGGCUCUUGUUGGUGUUGAUCAUGCGGUUGACGUAUCGCUGCUCGCGUGGCGGCUGCGGCUGCGGGCGGUCGUCGUCUUCCUCCUCCUUCUCGAAGAAGAACCGAUCGGCGUACUUGCCGUGCUCCAGCAUCCAAUCUGGCGGCACCUGCACACACAAGGGGAGAUGAACAAGGAUGCAGCCCCACAACUCAACUCCCCCGACGCACACGCCCCGUUGUCCCGUCCUCACUCACCCCGAGUAUCUCUACGAUCCUCUGAAUCAUGUCUAGGUCGGAGGUGCCGGGGAAGAGCGGCAGGCCGAGGAAGAGCUCGGCGAUGAUGCACGCUAGUGACCACAUGUCGAUGCCGGUGCCGUAGGGCAGCCCCAGCAGCACCUCGGGGGCCCGGUAGAACCGCGACUGGAUGUACGAGUACACCGUGUCCAACACGAAACACGACGACCCGAAAUCUAUCACCUUCACACGACCUGAAUGAACACACACACACACACACAUGGAUGGAUGGAUGGAUGGACGCCAUUCAUCUCCCUCCCCCUGUGCUGUGCUGUGCUGUGCUGUGCUGUGCGCAGCGCACCGUUUCCCUCGGGAUGCAGCAGGACGUUCUCGGGUUUGAGGUCGGCGUGUAUGAUGCCGACCUCGUCGAGGAGGCAGAGGCAGUCGACCAUCUGCUUGGCCACCCGCUGGAUCAUCCGCAGCGGGAGGGCGGCGAAGGCGUUCUCCCUCAGGAGCUCAUAGAGGUUGGUGGACAGCAGCUCGAAGACGAUGCACAGGUGCUGCCGCCACACGAAGAAGUCGUAGAUGCGCACCAUGUUGUGCCGGUCGUCCGGGUCGUAGCACUCGCUGAUCAGACGCAACACCUUGGUCUCUAUCAAGGCCUGGUUGUAGUACGCCUGCUUGUUCUUGAUCAUCUUGAGGGCGAGAGGGCCCUCGGCUGGGGGGGUGGUGCUGGUGCUGGUGGUGCCGGUGCUGGCGCCAGUUGUGGCUCGUCUGACGCACUUGAGGACCUGCCCGAAGGUGCCCUGGCCGAGAUGCUCAGUCAGCUCGUACUCGACGCCAUCUGGGUUGGUGAUGACCUCGUGCAGCCGACAGAUGUAGUCAUGCUCGUCGUUGUCAUGCCCGCCGUUCCACACGCCCUCGGUCUUCUUGGUCAGAAACUCUGACGCCCCGAGAUGCCCAUGGCCACCGCUACCGCCGCCGCCAACACCUCCACUAGCUCCACCACCGACACCACUAACAGCAGCAGUGGCCGUAGUCGCCGCAGCGGCAGCAUGGUUGCUGUGAGUGGUGCUGGACUGAGUGUUGGUCAGCUGCCGAUGAUCUACGGGCCUGAUGACGCCGAAGGCCAUCCCGCCUCCCACCCUGGGCCGCUGGUAGCCACAGCCGCCCCCCUGGGUGUCGCCCUUGACGCGCGUGAGGUCCUGCGGCGCAUAGGCGGGCAAGGAGAGGCUGAGAUGUCCAUACUGGGAAGCGGGAAGACAUAUAGAGUCGUUCUCGCGCAGACGCAUCGUUCUGUCCAUCGCUCUCGCCCCGACGCACCGGGAGCCUCAAUUGCUGCGGCGGAUGCCGAUUGGACGAUGCCGCUCUCGCGCGCAGUGAGACAUACUGCUUCCGCCUCCUGUUACCCGCUGUUCUCGCGAUUUCCUUGCCCACCGGGAUCACAUGGACUUGGUCUCCCUUCAGAUCACGCCCAUCUUCGAAUUCACUCCACCGAG